CCGGAAGAAUCAUUUCGUCUUCCUUCUUUGUUAAGCACAGAGUAUAAACCCUCCGAACGGAAGAAAAAAGAAAAGUUUUGACACAAAUUUGAAUCCACCAAAAGCUCAUUCAAUAAUUUCAUAGCGAAGUUCUCCCAAUGUCGUCGUCUUUUGACACAUUAAGCAUGGAGAACGAAGAGCAAAUCCAUAUCUCAAGUAGCCAUCCCUUCAACGACGACGUAGAGUACUCCAACUACGGCUCCUACUCUAACUUCUCUGCUCCCGAUGAUUUCUCCGCUGAUCACGGUGACGUAGCCGUAGAGCACGUGCAGUCUCCCGAGAUCUUCGGUUACGAAAAUCCGGAACCUGGCUACUCUCAAUCUCCCUUCGAGUCUGUUCACGUUGAGAAUGGUAACGGUAACGGAAAUGGUUACGGUGAUGACGGCUUUUUUGCUUCUGACGGUCCGAUUCUUCCGCCCCCUACUGAGAUGGAGCCCGAGGAAGGAUUUGCUUUACUCGAAUGGCGCCGUCAAAAUGCAAUUCAACUUGAGGAGAAGGAGAAAAGGGAGAAGGAAAUGAGAAUUCAGAUAAUUGAAGAAGCUGAGGAGUAUAAACGUAGUUUCUAUGAGAAAAGAAAGCUCAACAUAGAGACUAACAAGACCAAUACCAGAGAAAGGGAGAAGUUAUAUUUGGCUAAUCAAGAGAAGUUUCAUAAAGAGGCUGAUAAACAAUACUGGAAAGCAAUAGCAGAACUCAUUCCUAAUGAGGUUCCCAACAUCGGGAAAAAGAAAGGAAAGAAGGAUGAAGAGAAGAAACCAUCAAUAACAGUCAUCCAGGGUCCGAAGCCGGGGAAACCAACCGAUCUGUCAAGAAUGCGGCAUAUUCUGGUGAAGCUGAAACACAACCCACCGCCUCACAUGUUGCCACCCCCACCACCACCGGCAAAGGAUGGAAAAGACGGAAAGGCUGUGGCAUCAGCAAAAGGGAAGCCUGAGUCUCCGGCUAAAGAUGCCAGUUCAAACGGUUCUUCAGAUCCACCCAAGGAAAAUGCUCCGGUUGCCAAUAACCAGCCUGCCGCAGAAGCCGAUGAGCCCAGGCCAACCACUUGAUUAUGUACCUUACAUGUUUUACACUCCCUCUUGUUCUAUUCUUUUCCUCUUUAAUUUAAGAUUUGAUUCGUCUUGUUUGAAGAUGUCAUUAAUCAUGCAAACAAGGAUUAAGCCUGGGUAGUUCAAAAUUCUACACGGUUUAGACCAUGGAGUGUUGUUUUAUUAUUAUUCUCUUUGGAAGUAUUGUAUGAAUUGAUCUUUCGAGUUGUCAUUGUGCCAAUAUACUUUAUGAAACCAUUUUGUUGGGCAAAA